GUGUCAUUCAACCAGACAACAAAAACAGUAACACGAAAAAGACAAACUCUACAGUAAGUUAAGUCACAAUCAAAUGUUUCAUCAUUGUCCUCCUCAUCAGAGAAUCCUGCAAUAACUAAUGCCUCCUCCUCUAUGAUUGGAGCUGUAGGCAGUGCAUUGCACACUACUAUCUCCCCUCUGUUUUGUAUUUUUCUUUGGCGGACGGAGCAUCGUUAAUAUGAAUGCAGCGCGAUCUAGCGCACUUCACCAGCGGAAUCGACUCUUAUUGCAUACAGUUCCUUUGCGGACGCCGGCACAAAGUAGGCGGGUGUUGACUACUUCAAUACCAGUUGCCUCACCUUCCAGCUCUUCGCCAUCUUCCGGUCAUGGUCAUGGACACGGGAAAGCAUUCAAUUCUUCACUUGCCGUAGACAGCAUUGGUAUUGCAGGUAGCAAUCCUGCCGAAUUCGCUUCAAUCAAUCAGUUCGAGACCUCGCAAACGUUCUGCUUUGAAGUGACAGACUUAGACUCAGGAACUGACUACAGACGGAUACCACACGUCCUCUCACACGUUUACUAUCAUCCACUAACACCAGAGAAUAAAGCCGAGAUCGACAAGAUCUUUAAUUCACUGACAUGCCCAACUCCUACUGCUGCACUUCAAGAUCCUGUUGUGGAGAAUCGUCCCAUAACGACUUGGGGCCGCACCCUUCACGUUCCGCUCAGUAUUGUAUAUAUUGCAGAUCUUCCCUUUAUAAAUACACAAACUCAUUCUAACAUGCAUCUGCAAAUUCACUUGUUUUACAUUGUCACUGCUUCCUUGACACGUAUAUGAGUUCGCAGACCAGUAUGGUCCACC